AUGGAAGUCAAUCAUCAAGCCAGCAAGCGCGUGGGCACGGCAGCUGAUGACAUCGCUGCGGAGUAUCUCCUCAACUUGCCCACGACAGAGCAGCGACGCACAGUGGCAUCAGUGUCGCGCUCUGAACUUCUGGCAGCUGUCCGGGCGCUAUCUGGCUGCCAGAGAUGCGGCUUUGUGGAGCAGGUCCUCGCAGCAUUUGACCCGGAGCUCUCAUCUUUAGCCCAAGCUACCCUAGCGUCCUGCUCUGACACAAGCAACUGGCUCUACGCAGGAGUAUUGCCUGCUGCCGGCGGCGCCGGAGCUGUGGCGGCGUGCGUAGGCGUCAUGGCGCCUACGCAGGUGUUGGCCCUCCUGUCAAGCAGCGGGUGCUCGUCUGGCCUGGUGGGGCUGCUGCAAUUUGCCUGGAAGGACGCGGGCGGCAGCGGCGAUUGGCUGGCCCUUAGCGACUCGUUGCUGAUCCGGCCACGCUUGUUGCGCCGCUUCCUAGCGGAGUCGGUUGGGGUGAUGCAGGCCCUCUUGGACGACGUGGGCGAUUGCCGCCGCCACAGCGGUUACCCGGGACCCGCUGAGCUCGCAUCCACUCUGGCACGACUGGACACGCAGCGCUGUCACACCCUGCAGCGACUGGCUGCCUGGGGCGUGCUAAGGGCCCCAACACAGCCGCCGCCGUUGCAGAAACAGCCGACCCAGCAGUCCGUGCAAGAGCAGACGGGAACGCCGCGACUCGGUGUGGAUACAGCCGUCGCAGCCGCAGCCGAUAUUACGGGUUUGGAGGAUUCCAGCGGAGACGCGGAGCUGGCGUCGGUGGUCGUGGAUGACGAUUUGCAGCUGGCGCUAGCCAUCCAGCUGAGCCUGCGGGACGAGGAGGCGGCUUCAGCAUUGGGGACCGCGGCUUCCGCUUUUGCGGACGCCUCGGCAGCCGCUCCGCAGCCCCGGCUAACAACGCCGUCGCUGUCGGCGCCACCGGCGUCAGGCGUCCGCUGCAGUCCAGGCGUCACGAGCCGCGAACCCCAACACAACCAUAACCAGGAGCAGCAGCAACUGCAGCCGCAGAAGCACUUACUUUGCUCUCCGUCGAGACGGCCGCAGCGAACACCGCCCAGGCCUACCGGCGCCGCCUCGCCAGGUCACAGUCCAGCUGCUGCUGGGAUGGAGCUGGGAUCCAGGUCUCCGGGUUCCAUCUGUUGCUCCGGAUCCGUCGCUGCGGCGACGGCAGGGCUGGCAGCCUCUUCUUCAGAAACGCAGGUUUGCGGUACCCCGGCGGCCCGUAUCUCCAUGAGUGCAUUCCUCCGUAUGCAUGGUGUGCAUCGGGACCCUCACCUUCAUCCGGGCGAGGAGGAAGGGGAGGUGGCGGUGGUAAUGGCGGAGAAGAGACGAGAGGAGGAGGAGCAUGUGGCGGCUUCGCCGCUGCCCGUGGCGGCGGCUUUGGCCGCGGCGGAGGGUAUGGCAGACGCCACUGGCUUGGUGGACUCCGCGGCUGUUGCAGCGCUGCCUGAGGGACUGCGUGAGCGGGUGCAGCACCUUGUGACGCAGCUGGUGCAGGUACAACAGCGCCGCGGCCGCCUAGAGCACGCCUGCCAACACGGCAUCCUGGCGGCUGGCCGCAAGCUGUUGCUCAUACUCCUCCAAAAGCUAUGGGGGAGGAUACGGGGGUCAGCAGCUGCAGCAGCUGCGGCUGCAGCUGCAGUGGACGCGGCGGCGGCGCCAACAAGUCCCAGUGAAGCGGCCGGGGAGAGAGGGGACGGCGUCGGGGAUGGCCUACAGCAGCAGACCGCGGAGGCACACACGGGCGUGGGUGGGGAGGCGGUGCCCGAGGCUCGGCAGCCGCCGCCGCAGCAGCAGGAGCAGCAGUCGCGGCGUCGGCUGCCCCGCUACGAGGGGCUGCUAGCUGACCUGGCGGCGGGCCUGGAGGAGUACGACACGCAUAUGGACCUGGAUCUCGAUCGAGAUCUUGAUCCAAGUUGGAAUCUGGGUUUGGAUCUGGACUCGGAACUCCGCGACCUUGCACUGGCAGCCGAACUGGCGGGCGGGCUGAUAGGGGGAGGUCGGGGAACUGAUGGCAGUUCCAGUGGUGGCGCGGCAGAGCGGAUUGCGGAGCUGGUUGGCGGCGGUGGUGGUGGCGGCAGAACCAGCGGGCCGACCCCGGGGACACGGAACCAAAAUCGCGAUGACGGGGAUGAUGGUGGACGUGGAAGUGGCGGUAUUGGCGGCGCAAGUGGUGGUGGAGAGGUGAGCUAUGGUGGCUGGGACGCGGCGCUUGUUGGCGGCGGCGGCGGCCUGGCUCCCGGACGCUCACCUGCCGAAUUGCGGUUGCUGCAGCCGCUGCUGGCGGCAGGUGGUGGUGGCGGCGGCGGCGGCAGGCACACGGGUAGUAGCACCGCCACCCGCAGCCGUCGUCCUCUGGCCUUUCCGCUGCACCCUCCUGCACUGACAUCAGCGACUGCGGCCUGUCGGUUCGGCGGCGGCGGUGGCGGCGGCUUCGGUGCCGACUGUGGUGGCACGCUAGGGCAGGUGGUCUGCCGGUCGGAGUGCCUUGCGGCACGGGAACAGCAGGCAGAACAGCUGCGUGUAUUGCAGGGCCAGUUGCUCCGCUGUCAGGCCUCCCAGUCGGAGUUGCAGGGGGAGGUGGGGCGGCUGCUGGACUUGCUGUCGGAGCAGAGGCGGAUGCAGGAGCAGGCCACGACGGUGCUACGGCGCGACUUGGCUCAGUGGCAAGCCGAGCCGGGGGCGCUCCAGGGAAUGGGCACGGACGAGCUGGCAGAGCUGGCGGGCAGGAUGGAGGCGGCGCUGAGCCGCGUGCGUGCUGCACAGCUGCAGGCCGCAGCGGAGCGAGACUUGCUGUGUCCGGUGUGCUGGGAGUUGCGCAAGGGCCUGGUGUUUGGCUGCGGGCACCAGACUUGUUGCUCCUGCGGGGAGAAGCUGGCCGCCUGCCCCAUAUGCCGGGAGCCAGUCAGCAUCCGCAUCCGGGUCUAUAGCUGA